CUUACUUUUGCGGUUACGCUGGGGAAACAAAUUAUCCUGGUGGAAAGAACGGCGGGUUCUCCCUCUCGGGCUUCCCUUGUGUCCUCGUGCUUUUCUAUCUCUCCUUUUGCUUCCCCUGACCGCCAGUGGCAACCAUGGCGGCCAUUUCUGCACCAUUCAAUCUUAAGGGUGGUUUUAUCAGGCGGCCGUCUGUUCCUUCCUCCCUUAGCAGGGGUUCGCUUAAGCCCUUCCUUUGCGCAUUGCCUAAUUCCUCUGGGUUAUCCUAUAAAAGGAAGGACUUGUCUUCAAAUUUUGGUGAAAGACUUAACUACCUGAGUGAAUCUAGCUAUGAUAUUAUAGAAGCAAGAAAAGGGAAUCCACCCAUAAUGCCAGCAGUAAUGACUCCAGGAGGUCCUCUUGACCUGACAUCAGUACUGUUACGCAACCGCAUCAUCUUCAUAGGGCAGCCAAUUAACUCUCAAGUGGCUCAACAAGUCAUAUCACAGCUUGUCACACUAGCCACCAUCGAUAGCGAAGCAGAUAUCUUGAUAUAUUUAAAUUGCCCUGGUGGAAGUACAUACUCUGUCUUAGCUAUUUAUGACUGCAUGUCUUGGAUAAAACCAAAGGUAGGCACAAUAUGUUUUGGCGUAGCUGCAAGCCAAGGGGCUCUUCUUCUUGCUGGAGGAGAAAAGGGAAUGCGCUUUGCAAUGCCAAAUGCACGCAUUAUGAUUCAUCAGCCGCAAAGUGGUUGUGGAGGUCAUGUGGAGGAUGUAAAGCGCCAAGUUAAUGAAGCAGUUCAAUCUCGUCAUAAAAUUGACAGAAUGUAUGCUGCAUUUACUGGUCAAUCAUUGGAAAAGGUUCAGCAGUAUACUGAGAGGGAUCGGUUUCUCUCGUCUUCUGAGGCAAUGGAGUUUGGACUUAUUGAUGGAGUUCUGGAAACAGAGUAUUAGAAAUCCAAACAUCAGCAAACUGACAGAUCGACCACUUGAGUUUGCGGUGACAUAUUCUGAUGCCUGUGUUAAUUCAGAUGGCUGACUACGUGGCUUUUUUGUAUUACGUGGCUUUUUUGUAUGAACAGGGCUUGCAUUUCAUCACGUUGUAAAAAUGUGUACAAAUAAUUUGGUUACUCUGAUCAUGUUCUUAAUUUUGCUUCUUUCAGAUGCUUUUAUUAAUUCGUAAUAGGAAAGCAUCUGAAAGUAACUUCUGGCACC